GUGACCUAUUCACGUGGUAAACAAGUAAAGCAGGUUGGCUACUAAAAAUGGUGAUUUUGAAGACUAUUCCGCGUAUUCUAUCGCCUGAACUGCUGUACGUGCUGGCUCGGAUGGGCCAUGGCGAUGAACUUGUACUUGCUGAUGCUAACUUUCCAAGUGCAUCGGUGUGUAAACAUGGACCAGAGCUCGUGAGAGCGGAUGGUCAUGGAAUACCACCACUUUUGUCUGCUGUGAUGACUCUCUUACCUUUGGACACAUAUGUACCACAAGCAGUCACUCUUAUGGACCUUGUACCAAGCGACAAAGCGCGAGGGCUUGGCACUCCUGUGUGGGAUGAGUAUUCAAAAAUUCUAAACAGUGCAGAUCGUCAUGCUGGAGGGAAGAAGGUUGACAUUGAAAUGGUUGAAAGAUUUGCAUUCUAUGAACGUGCAAAGAAAGCGUUUGCAGUCGUUGCUACUGGGGAGACAGCUCUAUAUGGUAACAUCAUUUUGAAGAAAGGUGUUAUUUAGAUGCCUUAUCAGUUAUUGCACCAACGUUAAUAGAAUGAUGUGGUUGGUUGAUGGACUGUGUGAAAGCUUUUCAUUUUCUCAUUCUGCUGAUCUGUGAUGUUUUGAAUUACAUGCCAGUAUUACCAUGUU